AAGUUGUCCGCGCGCGCUCCAACUGUUCACUAUUGGCACAUCACAACGCAAAAGAUUCCGCGUCACUCGAAGCAAAACAGAACAAAAUGAGCAAGCUGCAGCGGUGUUGAAGAAGCUGCUACAGUUCUUUGGAAUUACACGAAUUUCUUACUGCGCCCAUCGGAUCGCAGUGUUCCUUUUGGCAAAAUGUUCUGCUGGUGCAGUUUCGUCUACGUAUUAUUUUUUCUGGGGUCAUUUUUAGCGAUUGGCCUGUUGACGGUUUGCGUGCUUUUGCGUCAGCUCAUCAAAUUUCAACGCCGCAAACGGACGGAUCCAACCGUGAAGCAUGUGGCGUUCUUUCAUCCCUACUGCAAUGCUGGCGGUGGUGGCGAACGGGUGCUAUGGUGUGCCAUACGGGCAUUGCUGACCCGGUACGACAACAUCAAGCUGUACGUGUACACGGGCGACUUGGAUGCAAAGCCGGCGGAAAUUUUGGCCAAAGCGGAACGUAGCUUUAACCUAACGCUGGACGUGGAACGCAUCACGUUCGUGUAUCUAAGCAAGCGCUGCUGGGUGGAAGCAUCGAGAUACGCACACUUCACGCUGCUCGGGCAAAGUUUGGGCUCGAUCGUGCUAGCGUUCGAAGCGUUGCUAAAGCUGCAGCCGGACGUGUUCGUCGAUACCAUGGGGUACGCGUUUACGUAUCCGGUGUUCGCGUACUUCGGUGGUUGCAAGAUCGGGUGCUACACGCACUAUCCCACCAUCAGCACCGACAUGUUGCGACGCGUGCAGUCGCAAUCGCAGUCCUACAACAACAGAGGUUACGUGGCAAAGAAUCCGUUUGCUACGUGGCUGAAAAUCGUGUACUACCGUAUGUUUUCGCGCAUCUACGGAUGGGUUGGCCGAUGUGCGGAUACUGUGAUGGUGAACUCAUCAUGGACUGAAAAUCACAUCAUAUCGCUGUGGGACGUCCCUUACAAGACGCACCGGGUGUAUCCGCCGUGCGAAGUAUCGCAGCUAAAGCGACUGGAAUCGCUAACCGACGAACAGGACGAGCAUAUCAUCAUUCUAUCCGUCGGCCAGUACCGGCCAGAGAAGGACCAUCCGCUACAGCUGCAGGCGAUGUACGAGUUGCGUACGCUGCUGAACAACGACGAGGCGUUAUGGAACCGGCUAAAGCUGCUAAUCGUUGGCUCGUGUCGCGAUGAAGAGGAUCGUGUGCGGGUGAAAAACAUGCAGGAUCUGGCGAAGCAUCUUUCGCUCGAGAAUUCGGUAGAGUUUCGCGUGAAUGUGCCGUACCGGGAGCUGCUGCAAUGCUAUCAGCGGGCGACGAUCGGUUUGCACUGCAUGUGGAACGAACACUUCGGCAUCAGCGUGGUCGACUGUAUGGCGGCCGGCUUGAUUAUGGUAGCGAAUCGGUCCGGUGGCCCACUGAUGGACAUUAUCGAGACGUCCGAGGGCAGCCAGAACGGAUACCUGGCGUACGAUGCGUACGACUAUGCGCGCUGCAUUGCCAACAUACUGUACAACACGCCGGAGUACAAUGCAAAGAUUCGGGAGGCAGCGCGCGCGUCGGUGGAUCGAUUUUCUGAAAAAGAGUUCGAGAAUGGGUUCCUGCGCGCGAUAUCGCCCAUUAUGGAUUAAGUGUAAAGAGCUGGGUUCUGUGGUACGUGAACGUUGUGAAAAGGUGCUAGUACUGUUUUUUUAUCAAGGUAAAAAUAUUAGCAGCCAUUCGAUAUGGAUUCGAUAGGGACGAUAGGUAAGCGAACGACCACAUUAUUUGUGCAUUAGAUCAUGGCAACCGUUUAAAUGUCUUAUUUAUUUAUUUAACCUAUUCCUACAUUAUUCUUUCCAAAUCGUUAACGACAUAAAAUAUGUGACGGAAGUUUUUGAAUGAUUUGUGUAAAUUUAUCAUGCUGGCUACUGUUUUAGAACUAAAGUCGCCUUGUUAGAAAAGAAAAAAAGUCAUUUAUUAAACGAGAUAAUAUCGAUAUGGAUUAACACAGCCAAUAGUGUUCUUAGGUUGAUAGGUUCCACCACCAAUUUUCAUUGAAAGACCAACAAUUCCGUCGGAACGGGCCACAGUCAGUCAGAUUGUUCGUACUGCCAAAUGGAAGUUUCACUAUUUGGUUCUGGUAAGGCCACAUUUUUCCUGAAUUCCACACAAUUAAAUUUUGCAAAACGGCCAGUUCUUUAUGAAUAUGUUUUUUUUAGCGAAUUAAGCUCCAAAAAUCCACGCCGCAUGACCGAUGCUUUGUAAACAUUUUAGGAAAGAUUGGUAUGAAACUUACGGGUCAACCUAUUUGAAACCUAGCCUAAACCAAAACAACCAUAACAUUUGUAUCUUCCGGCUGUUUCUUAAUUUGGCUUAAUUCUCUGAAAUCAGAAGAACGCGUCAGUAAAGGUUGCCAAAUAAUGCAUAAAUAAUCCAUGUCAUUUACACACUUUGUUGAACGCAUGGUCGAUAUCAGUCCACACCAGGGAAAAAAAACCUUGAAAGCUUUAGUUUAAUAAUUUAAAUGAGGCCUCGAAGUUACUGCCCAUAGCAAAUAGGAACACGCUCAAAACACCGAUUAAUGGCAGAUUUAGUUAGAUCAAUGCUACCCCCGUAUAUGUGUCUCUAGUUUUUCGUAUAAACGAAAUCUCUGUAUUUAAGCCACCCUCACAGUAAACAAAAACCAAAAAUAAUAGGAAUGAAUUGUUUAAACGUUUUCAAAUUUGAUUCCAUCUGUAGCUGUAUUAUUGAAUUGGAACUGAAAAGAUUUUAUAAAUAACCGUGUUGAAUUUUUUGUUUCACGAG